AUGGGCACCUCGUUUGCGGCAUACACAAUGGGCAUCAAAGCGACGCAGAUCGUAGGCUACUGCCUGCGCAUCUCGUGCUGCACACCUGUUCUUGGUCCCUGCCUAGGCCUGAUCGGCGUCGGCUGCGCAUCGGUGCUCGCCGGCCACGUGUCGGCGCACACGCACAAGCUGUGCCAGGAAGGCGGCAACCCGCUGCGGCCGGGGUGGUGGCGCCCCAUGCGCGUCGACGACGCCGUGACCAAUGCGGUGCUGGGCCUCCUCGUCUAUAAGUCUGCAGGCGGCCGCUUCAGCAGCAUCAUGCCGAGCGACCUGGCGUCGCCCGGCGCGCUCGCUUUCGAGUCCAUCCCCGCCCACGGAGAGGAGUACGUGCGGCCGGCCGCCAAGCGGGAGCUGGCGCGCUUCUUCCGGCGGGACGGGUGCCACCACUGCGGCACACGCAGGGGCCCUGUCAUUGGGGACCACAUGCCCCCCAACAAGCUGGUGUUCACACGGGGCGCCAGCCAGCUGGCGGCCUGGUUCAACGACCUGCCAGGCAUUCGCCAGGUACGAGGCCUGACAGGCGCCACAGCUGCUCGCCCGGCGCAGCGCUUUUUCGCCCAGUGCCAGCGCUGCAGCCUGAGGCAGGCGACCGCACUGCGGCACAACAAGCGCGUGCUCGUGCUGCACAUGAGGCUGCCGCGGCAGCGCAGCAACACACUGGCAGGCGUCCUCGUGGGCCUGCGCCAGAACGUGCCACCCCUGCAGCUGCCUCGCGCCGGCGCGCGCCCCCAGCAGCAGCUGCCGCUCUGGAACCCCGUCGGCCUGAUCGCCGCGCUGGCGGCGCCGUCGUCGGUGCCACUGCUGACGGCGAUGCCCAGCAGCAGCACUGUGUUUGACCGGCCUGCGUCCUGUGGGGAGCUGGAUUUCAGCCCCACGGGCGCCUGCAUAGGCACCUGCAUACCGUCUGAUGACGGCGGCGAGCACCCGACACUGUCGCUGCCGGCGGUGCGCGACCCUGCUCCCCCCAGCCCUACAGCGGUGGCCGCGGCGGCGAGGGACCUCGGCGGAGGCUUCAGCGCUGCCACUGAGUACGGGCACGAUCAUGGCGCUGCCGGGUUGAUCAGCGAGAGUGGCGGCAGGCCGAGCGGCGCCGGCGGGUUUGAGGACACCGGCUUCACCUGCAUUGCGGGCGAUGCCGUCAGCAGCGGCGCCUUCAACCGCGGCGCAAGCGGUGCCAUUGGCUGCACCGUUGAUGCCAGCUUUGGCCGCGGCGCCCUCGGCACGGGCGCCGAGGGCGGCUUCAGCAGGGGUGCGAGCGGCGCCAUCCGCACGGUGCCAGGGUCUGCCAUGAGCCGUGGCGCGAGCAGUGCGAUUGGCGGCGGGGUCUACAGUAUCGCACCGCCAGGACCCGAGGCGCCAUCGCAGCGCUGCACAGCGUAUGAGCGCGAGGGGCGCCAGGAGUGGGAGGCGCCUGCAGCAGCGCGAGACUGGGAUUCGGCAGCGGCAGCGCCUAGGUGGGGCGAGGCGGCAGCGGCGCAGGCCACGGCGGCCUCCGGCACGGCUACAGCAGGGGCGGGGACCGUGAUUGCAGGCGUCGCCCAGCAUGCCAGAGUCGCCCCUGAGGUUACAGCCAGCUUUCAGCACUGGAUGCCGCCGCACAAGGCUGGCGGCGGUGGCGGCCACCACACGCACCUCGUCAGCCCCUCUGGGUCCCACCAACGAGGCGGCGGCGGCGGCGGCAGCAGCGGUGCCCUAGGCCACAACGGGUCGCCGGGCCACGGCCGCCGCGUGGCGCAGGCGGCACGACCGCUGGGGUCAUCGGCCGACAGUGGGGCGGGUUUGGACGCGGCGCCCUACAGCGACGCGGAGCAGGGGCCACUCGAGGGAGCCAAACGCAGGGCUGCGGCUCGUGCCAGCUUUGAACGCAACUAUAACCGGGGCCUUUCAUACGACUAG